AAUUUUCUUCUCAGUACGCCCCGGUGUUCGACACUCGACCUCAGAGAGUAGACAUCUUUUCAUUACGUAAAAACAAUUAUUUCUCUAAAUAAAAAGAAAUUUUAAAAAUGUUGGUCAUCUCGCUUGCCGCGUUCGUCGCGGUAUUUAUCGUCAUCGAUGCUUCGCCAACCCCGUCUAAUAAUAAAGAUGGAUCCCCAAUUGCAGAAUUGCCCGAAAAUUGGGACCAAACAAAGGAAACCCAAUCGCUAUUCCUGAACAAGAGUGAUAAGAAUGACUUGGAACCUUAUCCUCUUGCUCUCGCUGAAGAAGGUAAUGCGGAAGGCUUUGAACAGGCCGUUGACCAGCGAUAUGACAACCGUCAGUCUACUGGAGAACUGGACAACUUAAUUAUGAGACCGGAAUUGUAUGGCGAGCCACCAGCUAUGGAAGGACUUUCGCAAAAUUACGAAAGUCGUCGUAGAAAGCGAGGCAGUGGAACUAAGGUCGGUGGUGCCGGAGCCGCGACCAAAGUUGCGACCAAAUCUGGAUCAGGAAAGAAGAACCUCAAAUCCAACGAGGCUCCUUCGCCAGUAGAUGUAGCACAUCAAGAACAUGACUCUAACCGCAAAAAACGAGGAAGUGGAACUAAGGUUGGGGGUGCUGCUGCCUCUGCCAAAACAGCGACUAAAAACUCAGGCGGAAAUAAAAAGAACUUUAGGCCAAUUUCUGAUAGGCGUAAACGAGACUCCGGAUUGAGUGCAGCUGAUGUGAGAGCACUUCUAAGCUUGUGGGAAGCUCAAGAGCGUAGGAAGCAAGAAUGGAAUGCAAACCAAUGGGCUGCCGAAAAUUAUUACAACCGAAUGAACUCAAUGGAAGACGAUCAACCUGAAGUAGACGAAAAUGGUGAUAUUUGGUACAACGAACCGGUCGUUCUGGGCCCGCGUGAGCGAGAAUACCCUCGUCACUCCUACUUCUCGGAACAAAAUCGCAUGGCACUAGCCCAUGGGAUGCCUGAUAUUUACCAGAUUGAUCCCAAUGAGCUAGCACAGAAGUACGAGGAAUCACGUCGCAAGCGUAUGUAUGCCAACAAGAUGAAGCGCUUUAUGGUUGCUAGGAAACGCUCCGAUGGAAUGAUGCACCAAAACGCCUAUCGUCCCCGAGACGACCUUUACACACUCGCUGAGCUCCUCCGAUCUGCUCCUCGCGUACAGGAGCAAGACAUACCCGUAUAUCGACGACUGAUUCUAUAAACUUAAACCUUGAUGUCCAUUCAAAAUGUAGAUUAUUACAAUUUCUGAGUUUCCUAAUUCCUUAGUAGACAUCAUUGAGGAUUAUAAUAUUUAUAUUUAUUGACGUACAUGUUACUUUACUUACGGAAUAUAUUAUAUACCUAAGCGAGAGCGACGCACAUUCUAUAUUUUUAACUGAGACUAAUUAAUGUGUUUUAUUUGUUAUAUUCUAUAGGUACAUUAGCACAAGCUGCGUUUAUUUUUAAAUUAUAUUACUUUGAUACUAUUUUUGUAAAUUUUUGAUAGAAUUAUUUUAUUUUUUGUUGUGAUAGUACUUGUACUACUGCAAUGAAUUUUGUCCAACCCCAGGUUGCAUAUUUUAAACACGUGAAACGUAAUCUAUUAAAAUAUUCGCUGUGUUAGGAUACACGUAGCUAUGAAUAACAUUAUAGAAAAUGUAUGUCUUUUAUUAGGAAUAAAAUAUUUAAAUGGCCUAUAAGUGCGACAAUCUUGUUUCAACGACACUAGUUUGUAUUUAAAUUCAUAAAAUAUUGUAUUUAUAGGUAAUAUUAAUACGUAUAUAAUUAUGUUAUCUUAUAUCAUUGUUGUCCCCUACCUCAUUUGUCAGCAUAUCUCACAAAAUCAUAGUAUUUUAUACUGUCAUCAUUUAACAUAGAAUUAAGAAAAAACUGUAAACUAGAACUAGUAUGUAUGUUAAAUACCGUACAUAUU